UUCAGUCAAAAUGAUAAGGUUUACUAUUUUUUUGUGAUAACAAUACAUUUUUUUGAAAAUCGAACAAUAUAUAAAGCUAACUAAACGAUGGGAGAAUCAUUCAACUUGAGUUGCCUCUCCAUACAAGAUGAAACUCGCUUUGGUGCUUUUCGCCGUUGUAGCGUUGGGUUCGGCUUAUCCGACCCACAGAGAUCUUCAAGGCGAUCUUGAAGAUAUCGUCUCAACCAUUCCAUUAUCCGAAAUCAGAGCAAUUGCUCGUAAAUAUGCUGAAAACGAUGCCGAAUUCCAAGAAGUUGUAAAAUAUUUGCAAGGACCCGAAUGGGCUGAGCUUGUUCAAACAGUUGCCGACAACGAAACAUGGCAAAGAUUCAAAGCUUACAUGUCAGAAGCUGGAGUAGAUAUUGAUGGAGUCAUCCAAUUCCUCCACGACCUCAUCGCCGGAGCUCCAGUUCCCGUAGCCAAGAAAUCCGAAGUUCGUAGUGUAAGAGAUUUCGUCGAUGAAGUCCUUGCUAUUUUGGAUCUUCAAGCCGUACUUGAAGCUCUCAAUGACAAACUCAAUAAUAGCGCCGAAUUCCAAGAAUUCUUUGGAAAAAUCUCCAGCGAAGAUGCUCAUCAAAUGGUCGAAGAAAUCCGUGCUAUUCCCGAGGUUCAACGCAUCGCCCAACGUCUCCGCGAAAUGGGUAUUGACGUUGACAAAGUUAUCGACUUAGUCUACGGUCUUUUGGGAUGGUCCAUGAAACUCGCUUUGGUACUUUUCGCCGUCGUAGCUUUGGGUUCGGCUUAUCCGACCAACAGAGAUCUUCAAGGCGAUCUUGAAGAUAUCGUCGCAACCAUUCCAUUAUCCGAAAUCAGAGCAAUUGCUCGUAAAUAUGCUGAAAACGAUGCCGAAUUCCAAGAAGUUGUAAAAUAUUUGCAAGGACCCGAAUGGGCUGAGCUUGUUCAAACAGUUGCCGACAACGAAACAUGGCAAAGAUUCAAAGCUUACAUGUCCGAUGCUGGAGUAGAUAUUGAUGGAGUCAUCCAAUUCCUCCACGACCUCAUCGCCGGAGCUCCAAUUCCCGUAGCCAAGAAAUCCGAAGUUCGUAGUGUAAGAGAUUUCGUCGAUGAAGUCCUUGCUAUUUUGGAUCUUCAAGCCGUACUUGAAGCUCUCAAUGACAAACUCAAUAAUAGCNGAAACAACAUUGGCAAACUCCCAAUGACUUAUAUCAAUCAGGUACUGAUUAUACCGUUCAAUAUGAAGAUUAUUGUUUUUCUGUUUGCUUUGGCUGCUGCUAACGCAGAAAUAAGGCUCGGUUUCCCCGGGAAGACACGCGGAUUAAACGAUGACCUUGCCACCAUCGUGGAGUUGAUCCCAACUGAUGAAAUUAUUGCUGCUAUCUCACGGUUUAGUGCAGGUGAUGAGGAAGUUCAAUAUAUGCUUAGGUACCUUCAAGGACCGGAAUGGGGAGCACUUGUAGCCGGAGUUGCCGGAAACCCAUCGUGGAUUAAUUUCAAAAACUUCUGUUCUGAAAACGGCGUGAGUAUUGAUAAUAUCGCUGGAAUCAUUCACGAUUUAAUUGCCGAUGCUAGACCUGGAGACGGUGGCAAUUUAGGUGGACUUAGAGCCCUUAUCGACGAAAUUAAAGAACUCAUCCCAUUCGAUGCCCUCAUUGCCCAAAUCGACGUUUUACUUAACGAAAGCGAAUCAUUCCGAGCGUUCUACGCUUUCAUUUCUAGCAACACCGCUAGGGAAUUCUUAAACGAAAUUCUUGCGAUCGAUGAAGUUCAAGAGAUCAUCGCCUUCUUGGAAACAGCUGGAAUUGACGUAGAAUACAUCAUAGAAUUCAUCAAAGAAUUCCUUGGAUGGUCUAGAGUUUACUUCCCUGAAGUUCCCCUUGAGUAUGUGUAAAUAAACCAGGAUUCU